AUGUACUCAACCAACCGAGGGACAGUAGGUGGAUUCUUCCUCGCUGGACGAAGCAUGGUUUGGUGGCCGAUUGGUGCUUCUCUGUUUGCCAGUAACAUUGGCAGUGGACAUUUUGUGGGAAUCGCAGGAACAGCAGCAGCUGGAGGAAUUGCCAUCGGAGGAUAUGAAUGGAAUGCUCUGAUAUUUGUGGUUGUUCUAGGAUGGCUGUUUGUACCCAUCUACGUCAAAGCUGGGGUGGUGACAAUGCCAGAGUAUCUGAAGAAGCGUUUUGGUGGGAAACGGAUUCAGGUCUACCUGUCAGUUCUUUCUCUGAUCCUGUAUAUUUUCACGAAGAUCUCAGCAGACAUAUUCUCUGGAGCUGUAUUUAUACAGCUGGCCAUAGGGCUGAAUCUUUAUUUGGCCAUAAUUAUCCUGCUUGCUAUUACUGCUCUUUACACCAUCACAGGUGGCCUUGCAGCUGUGAUUUACACAGACACCUUACAAACGUUUAUCAUGGUAGUGGGAUCCUUUAUUCUCAUGGGAUUUGCAUUUGCUGAAGUAGGAGGGUAUGAUGCUUUCAUGCAGAAGUACAUGGAAGCAAUUCCAUCCAAUAUCUCCUAUGGGAAUACUACAAUUAAUGCAGAAUGUUACACUCCUCGGAAGGAUUCCUUUCACAUCUUCCGAGAUGCCGUCACAGGAGAUCUGCCGUGGCCAGGGCUCGUCUUUGGUUUGAGCAUCCUUGCUUUGUGGUACUGGUGCACAGAUCAGGUUAUUGUCCAAAGAUGUCUCUCUGGCAAGAACAUGUCCCAUGUGAAGGCUGGUUGUAUCAUGUGUGGAUACCUGAAACUCUUGCCCAUGUUUAUUAUAGUGAUGCCUGGAAUGAUCAGCCGAAUUUUAUAUACAGAUGUGGUGGCUUGUGUUGUGCCUGAAGUCUGCCAGCAGUACUGUGGCACCACAGUUGGCUGUACAAAUAUUGCUUAUCCAAAAAUGGUAGUGGAGCUUAUGCCAAAUGGUCUGCGGGGUCUGAUGUUGUCAGUCAUGUUGGCCUCCCUUAUGAGCUCCCUGACUUCCAUUUUUAACAGUGCUAGUACUUUGUUCACUAUGGACAUUUACACCAAAAUUCGAUCACGGCCAUCUGAGAAAGAGCUUAUGUUAGCUGGAAGGGCAUUUAUGUUACUUUUAAUUGGCAUUAGCAUUGCCUGGGUUCCUGUGGUGCAGUCAGCUCAAAGUGGGCAGCUCUUUGAUUAUAUUCAGUCAGUUACCAGCUACCUGGGACCUCCCAUUGCUGCUGUCUUCCUGCUUGCCAUCUUCUGCAAGCGGGUCAAUGAGCAGGGUGCCUUCUGGGGCCUGAUGGUUGGGCUGCUGACUGGACUCAGUAGAAUGAUUGCAGAGUUUGCCUACGGAACUGGCAACUGUGUGAGCCCUUCCAACUGCCCUUUCAUCAUCUGUGGGAUUCACUACCUUUACUUUGCCAUGAUACUUUUUGGGGUUUCUACCAUCGUCAUCCUGGCAGUCUCCUUCAUGACUAAGCCCAUUCCUGAUGUACAUCUUUACCGCUUGUGUUGGUCUUUGCGGAACAGCAAAGAGGAACGUAUUGAUCUUGAUGCAGAUGAGGAGCAGGACAAAGAUGAUGAAAAAGAUGAGGAAUCAGUUAACAAGGAAAGUGAAGAAGAACCGGGAUGCUUUAAGAAAGCGUACAACUGGUUCUGUGGCUUAGAUCAACAAAAAGGACCCAAACUGAGCAAGGAGGAAGAAGAAGCAUUAAAGAAGAAACUGACUGACACAAGCGAAGUACCACUUUGGAGAAAUGUUGUGAAUAUCAAUGGCAUCAUCCUAUUGACUGUGGCUGUAUUUUGCCAUGCCUUCUUUGCAUAA